AAUAAUUUCUCAAGAGGAUGGACCAAACGCUAAACCCUUUUAAAAAGUAUUUUGACCUGCGCCACCUAAAACCCCCUCCCCUGGUUCCCCGAAGCACACGAACGCCUCCAUCGUCCCCAAAUUUCCACACUUUGUCCAACAUUUUCUAAAUUCCUAUAAAAGAUCCAAUUUUUCCUACUCCGUGGCCUUCAAAAUCGCAUAUUUUUCCCCCUAGAGGUGAAUAACCGAGCAAUCCGAGCUCAAAUCCAUGGCUUCUCUUUUCACGGCUUCGAAAUGCGCCUUCUUUAGCCCUAAGGAAUUUGAUCUUGGCUCAUCCUUUUCCCCUUCGAUCAGCGCCCAUGGAUGUCGCAGGCGUGCUAUGAGAAAGGUCCUUUCCGUCAUGGCACCACCGGCGCCGUCCCCGCAUUCUCUGGCCACCACCGGUUUGGUAAAGCAUUCGAUGACUAUGACAGAGAAGAUCUUGGCCAGGGCGUCGGAGCGGUCACGGCUGGAGCCGGGAGAGAAUGUUUGGGUCAAUGUGGAUGUGUUGAUGACUCAUGAUGUCUGCGGACCGGGGACGUUCGGGAUAUUCAAGAGAGAGUUCGGUCGGAAUGCGAAGGUUUGGGACAGGGAAAAGAUUGUGGUUAUACCAGAGCACUACAUUUUUACCAGUGAUGAGCGUGCAAACCGGAAUGUGGAUAUCUUGAGGGACUACUGUAUUGAGCAAAAUAUUAAGUAUUUCUACGAUAUAAAGGAUCUAAGUAAUUUCAGGGUUAAUCCAGAUUAUAAAGGUGUAUGCCACAUUGCUCUUGCCCAAGAAGGUCAUUGCAGGCCCGGCGAGGUUCUGCUCGGCACCGAUUCCCACACAUGUAAUGCUGGGGCUUUCGGCCAAUUUGCUACGGGAAUCGGCAAUACUGAUGCAGGUUUUGUGAUGGGCACUGGGAAAGUUCUUCUUAAGGUACCCCCUACAAUGAGGUUUGUUCUGGAUGGAGAAAUGCCUGAUUAUUUGCUUGCCAAGGAUUUAAUUUUGCAAAUCAUUGGUGAAAUUACUGUUUCCGGUGCGACAUACAAAUCUAUGGAAUUCACUGGCUCAGCUGUUGAGAGUUUAACCAUGGAAGAGAGGAUGACAUUGUGCAAUAUGGUUAUUGAAGCCGGGGGAAAAAAUGGAGUAGUCCCUCCGGAUGAAACUACAUUUAAGUACCUUGAGGAUAAGACAUCUGUAAAAUAUGAACCUGUCUAUAGCGAUGAUAACGCCAGAUUUAUUAGCGACUACAAGUUUGAUGUUUCCAAGUUGGAACCUACAGUUGCAAAGCCUCAUUCACCUGAUAACCGUGCUCUGGCACGAGAAUGCAAAGACGUCAAAAUCGACAGGGUUUACAUCGGUUCUUGUACUGGUGGGAAGACUGAGGAUUUUCUGGCUGCUGCGAGGGUUUUCCUAGCUUCCGGGAAAAAGGUGAAAGUUCCCACUUUUCUCGUCCCUGCGACGCAAAAGGUUUGGAUGGACAUAUAUAGCCUCCCCGUGCCAGGGUCCGGCGGCAAGACUUGCUCUCAGAUAUUCGAGGAGGCCGGCUGUGAUGUUCCAGCUAGCCCUAGUUGCGGAGCCUGUUUGGGCGGUCCCCGAGACACUUACGCACGUAUGAACGAACCUCAGGUUUGCGUGUCGACCACGAACAGGAACUUCCCUGGCAGGAUGGGCCACAAAGAAGGGCAGAUCUAUUUGGCCUCGCCGUACACGGCAGCGGCUUCGGCGUUGACGGGCUUUGUUACCGACCCGAGGCAGUUCCUCAUGUAGACGAAAAGUUUUCUGUGUUUGUCGACACUCGUCCACCGUAGCUUACUUUGUACUUUUCUAUGUGCAUGUAGGAGAUGGAAUGCAUGUAGAGAAUGGAUUUUUUUGCUGUAACUUAUGAAAGUCAUCUUAAAUAAUCUGUCUCCCUACAAAUUAUUAUUUGCUUGUGUGGUGAAAAAUUGUUGAUGAUUUUGGAUGGGAGUAUGUUUUCUUACUUGUUGAGGGUCCAAGGAUGGUGAUAUUUUAUUGAAGUAGGGCCGCAAAUUGUAAUUUUUGUCCUCAAACUAUGAUGUGUGUGAUAUUUUAGUUUUCGAACUUUAGUUUGUUGUAAUUUCUAGUUUGAACUUUAAGAUUGUUGCAAUCAAAUUUUACUAUAAAA